AUGAAUUUGUUGGCGUGGCAACCAGCGCCCCAGAACCGACACGUUGGCAGGAGAGACUUCUUGGUCCCUUUUAUUGAUUUGCUGUUGGUGUUUCAGGCGGAGAAGAUCAAGAAGAAGAGGAGCUCUCUGUUUGGAACGCUGCAUGUGGCCCACAGCUCUUCCCUGGACGAGGUGGACCACAAGAUCCUGGAGGCCAAGAAGUCCCUGUCGGAGGUGACGGCGUGCCUGCGGGAGCGGCUCCACCGUUGGCAGCAGAUAGAGAAGCUGUGUGGUUUCCCGGUGGUCAACAACUCGGGGCUGCCCAGCCUGACCACCACGCUGUACUCAGACCACAGCUGGGUGGUGAUGCCCCGCGUCUCCGUGCCCCCCUACCCCAUCGCCGGGGGCGUGGACGACCUGGACGAGGACACGCCCCCCAUGAUGUCACAGUUCACGUCCUCCUCCAUGAUCCGGCCACCGCUGACGCGUAACAGCAGCCUGUGUCGCUCGCGCCGCAGCCUGAUGUCCUCCCAGUCGUCCUCCAUGCUGUCCCAGGACCCCGACCUCCUCUCCAUGACGAGCACCCCCCUCUCCAUGACCAGCCCCCCCCUGUCCUACCACCCGGAGCAGGACGGGGAGCGCCUCUACUUCAGCUCGGACCGGAGGGAGGCGGUCCAGGAGAGCUACUCUGACGCCGACUCGCUGAGCUCCUCGCUGGGCUCCUCCCACGGCCGCAAGGCCCCCGAGGGCCCCUACCGCAAGUUCUCCCGCGAGGAGCUGCUCCAGUUCAGCCAGGAGCCGCCCCCCUCCGCCUACUCCUCCGCCCAGUCCCCCUCCUCCGCCUCCAGCUACACCCCCCGGGACUCCACCCCUCCCCCCACCUCCACCUCCCUGCCCCCCACCCCCUCCUCGGGCCCCCCCUCCUCCUCCCCCUCCCCGGCGCUGGAGCACCGCCCCUUCGGGAAGGGGUCCCCCGACCUGACCCGUCUGCCCGAGGCCCCCGGCACGGGCUACCCCUCCAAGGGGCCCCCCCACCAGGGCAGCGGGGGCCCCCACCAGGGGGGCAAGGGCGCCUACAACGGCCUCCUGGAGAAGUCGUACAGCUUCGGCCAGCUGCCCGCCGGCAUGCUGCCCGGGGCGGCGGGGGUGAAGGGGGCGGGCGUGGGCAGCUACCAGUCGCUCACCUCCCUGGACCUGGGGGGCCGCGCCGAGGCCCCCCGGCUGCAGAGCGCCUCCUCCUCCCAGGACUCCAGCGACAACGGGGAGAAGGUGAAGCGCUCCAAGAUCAAGAGCCUGUUCAAGAAGAAGAAGUGA